UAGAACGUAAAUAAUAUUUAACAUCAAGGCUAUAUUUUCAUAUUCCAUAAAAUAUCACAUCCGCGAGACGUCGCUAUGGCGCACGGAAGAAGCCUGUCUCUCCCAACGCUGCAACCACUUCAUAUCAAGCCGAAGAGGAAAAGAGCUUCAGAGUUUGAAAUCACUCCCGUACCCUCACACCGUUUACGUAGUAUGCCUGAACAAAGUAACGAUUAUAGAGUUGUAGUAUUUGGCGCCGGAGGCGUGGGAAAAAGUUCUCUCGUUUUGAGGUUCAUCAAAGGAACAUUUCGAGAGAGUUAUGUACCAACUAUUGAAGAUACAUACAGACAGGUCAUCAACUGCGACAAGAACAUAUGCACAUUACAGAUCACGGACACAACAGGCUCACAUCAUUUUCCCGCCAUGCAGAGACUGUCAAUCACACGAGGCCACGCCUUCAUUUUAGUUUAUUCGAUCACAUCAAGGCAGUCGAUGGAGGAGCUGUUGCCGAUUUAUGAACAGAUCAAAACACUGAAGCAUUCAAUGGAUGACGUACCGUUAGUGUUGGUAGGCAACAAAUGUGACGAAAUAGAACGGAGUAUUCCAUCCAAAGAAGGCGAAAGUAUCGCUCGGUCAUGGCAUUGUCCGUUCCUUGAAACCUCAGCAAAAAACAACUACAACGUCCAAGAACUAUUUCAGCAACUUUUAGAACUCGAAAAAAGUCGAAAUAUCAGUCUAAAUACGAAUAACAGGCAACGGAAGAAGAAAGCAGACAAACGAAAGGAAAAACUGAAAACCAGUUGUACGGUUCAGUGAUUCUAAUUGAGACGUCAUAAUGUCAACAUUAAUGCGCCGAUCCGUGACAUAAAACGUCAUAUCCAAGACGUGAGGGGAUCGAAAAGUAUCGGGCGAAUGGUGCCACACUGGUUAUAAAGUUUCAGCUUGAGAGUAGAUACCCUCUAUGAAUAUGAUCGGGCUGUCCGUAGGAACAUUUCACGCGAAGCGGUUUUGCCGCAAAUACAAAUUCAUAUUCUUGUUUCAACCAUUCGCCCAAAGCCGGGAACACAAAUUAAGCAAAGGCAUGUUACAGAUAAUUUUAUUCAAAAAAGUUUUGCCUCAAAUUAGUUCAAAGCGCGCAACAAAGGUCCGUGAUUCCGGUUCCUUUGAGUCAUCUGACUUAUGCGUAAAACGAAAAGUUGGCAACGUCCAUAAUAUCUUUGCUCAUGAGCGCCAUCUACAGACUUUGUGAAGGACAAACAUUUUAUAUUUAUAUUUUUUGACCAAAUCAAGUGAUUUCACAUCGUAUUUCUUCAUUUUUGUUAAUUUAAUAUUUUAAUUUAAUAUUUACCACUAUUUCAUAUAUAACUUAUAAUCUUGUCAUUUAGUAAUGUGUCCAUAGCAUUUUGAAUAUCUGUCGCAGUUACAUGUUAACUUAUUCAUGAGUAUAAAUAGGGAUUUUAUUUUACCAGUCCAUGUCGGGUAUGAGAAUAGUUUUAGUAUUCAUUCCCCCUGUUUAUCAUUUCAUUGGUAUUUAAAGUGUUGUGUUAUUUUGAUUGGUGGAUUCCAUAUACCAUAGUUGGUAAACAAUUCAUGCUCAAAAAAGUAAAAACACUCAGUGAAAUAACCUUAUCAAUCAAUGAAACCAGGAAGAGCGGGUAGUUUUGUAAAGUGGAGAGUAAAAUGAGUUUUGCGAUUAGCAUAGUGGCCUCUCAAACGGCUCUGUAUCCCAUUUGGGGAGCCGCGGGCCCGCGGUUGGGAAUCACAUCUAACGAGCCACGAACAUCCAAACUCGCACGGGGUGAUGAGAAAUGCGGUAGCAAGCGCGAUUCACCCUGUAUACUCGUUGUUACUUCGUGAUUUUAAAUUUCUAUUUUAUUUCAUGUUUAUUAUUGCACAUUCAAUUUUUUGUCUGCAUUUGUUUCUCAAUUUAUCUCGCGUGGUGAGGAUUGAAUAUUUUGCGAAAUAAAGUUUUAUAUGA